AUGUCCGGUGCUUUUGCAAUCAGCAGCACGGAAAGGGGACCUUCCAUGGUGCAUACGGAUGAGAAGCAAGGCAAGCAGGCAGGGUGGACACGGGACGGGCUGUUCCCUGCCACCUCUGCCGCGGCGGCAGUCAGUCCACAGGCCGUCCAGACAGACAGCAGCUGCCGAGACCACAAGAGAGGAGGGCUGGCAUUGAAACAACAAAGACAGCUGGAGAGGCAGUGCCAACUUUGUGAUCCUAGCGGAUGCCAACCUCUUUGUAUUACAGGUAAGCUCUUGUUUCAAAGCUUAAGGCAGUCUUGCAGUGUCUCUCUGUGUGUGUUCCUUUGAUGGGAAGUUCUAAGAACAUAGGAAGCUGCCUUAUACUGAGUCAGACCAUUGGCCUACCUUGCUCAGUAUUGCCUACACUGGUUGGCAGUGGCCAGGGCUGGCCCAUGCAUGAGGCAAGGUGAGGUGACCACAUCUGGUGGCAGAAUCCACAGGAGCAGACCUUUCUUUCCCCAUUGUUCCUGAUGUAGAUUUUCCCUCACCCCUUCUUCCCUGGCAGGGAGGUGGACGCCAUUUUGGAGGCCCAUCGCAGGGGCCAAAGUGUCUUGGGUCAGCCUUGGCGGUGGCUCUCCAGAGUUUGAGGCAGGGUUCUCUCUCAGCUCUAUCUGGAAAUGAUGGGGAUUGAACUUGGCAGAUGCUCUACCAAUGAGCUGUGGCCCUUCCCCUAGGAGCAGAAUUUCUGUCAAGACACGCCAGAAAGUUAUGAAUGUCAUGUGUCUGUGCACCCAGUAAUUUAUCCUGGAAUGUGCCUUGCUUACACGUUACACGAGUGUACAUUCAAUGUGUAUGUGGGAGAGAGUGAGAACGUUCCUAUCUGCAGUCACUAGCUUCUAGCAUGCCCCCUACAUGCAUUCAGCAUAACUUGGGCAAGAAUGCACAUGUAAGACCUGUAUGCACAUAGAGGAUUCCUGGUGCUGCCUGCAUAUGUACUGUUUGCAUGCAGAAAACACAGCUGAAUGUGGACAGCAAGAGCCCGUGAGUGAGAUUCUUCUCAUCCCUCUGCAUGUGCUGAUAUGCAUAAUGUCCCAAGGUGACUAAAUAAUGGGUUCUCUUCAACCCCUUCCUUGAACAGUGAUUGCAAGAAGAUAAUAUUCCAAUGCCCUCAAUGUACAUGGGCAUUGACAACAACAAGAGGAAAGCAAAAUUGCCUUUCUGAAGGUGCUUGUGGUACAGAACCAGACAGCAGGGGGAGAGAAUGGAGGGAUUAGGAAGUGGGGAAGGAAACCAGGUUGCUUUUUCUCAUUCCUGUUUAUCAUGUUAGGGAGAAGUUAGCUCAGCCUUGUGUGACCUGGUGCCCUCCAGAUGUUUGGGUUAUGCUCUGCUGGCUGGGGCUGAUGGGAGUUGUAGUGCAAAACAUCUGGUUGUGGAAGGCUGAGGUGGCUUAUUCCUCCACACAGUUGCCUGA